AUGAAGCUCUGUGCUGGGCUUCUCCUCUGCCUCAUGCUGCUCUCCUGUGGCCCCCUGGACAGCCUGGGGGCCCGCACUCACGGUGAGUGGUCAGAGCUUCACAUAGAGCUCCAAAGGGGGGGGGCUUUAUUUAUAGAGAUCAGACUGGGGGCUUUAUAGGAGAUCACACUGGGGGCUUUAUAGAGAUCGAAUGAGGGCUUUAUUUAUAGAGAUCGAACUGGGGAGCUUUAUAGAGAUCAGACUGGGGAGCUUUAUUUAUAGAGGUAGACAGGAGACUUUUAUAGAGAUCAGACUGGGGAAAAGCACAUUUAUAGAGAUCAGACUGGGGGCUUUAUAGAGAUCAGACUGAGGGGGAGCUUUAUUUAUAGGAAUCGAAUUGGGGGCUUUAUUUAUAGAGAUCAGACUGGGGGCUUUAUGAGAUCACACUGGGGGAGAAGCACAUUUAUAGAGAUCAGACUGGGGGCUUUAUUGUAGAGAUCAGACUGUGGGCUUUAUUUAUAGAGAUCAGACUGGGGGCUUUAUAGAGAUCAGAUGGGGGAGCUUUAUUUAUAGAGAUCAGACUGGGGGGCUUUAUAGAGAUCAGACUGGGGGGCUUUAUUUAUAUUUAUUUAUAGAGAUCAGACUGGGGGGUUUAUAUAUCUUUAUUUAUAGAGAUCAGACUGGGGGGUUUAUUUAUCUUUAUUUAUAGAGAUCAGACUGGGGGGCUUUGUUUAUCUUUAUUUUUAGAGGGACAGAGGGGGGGGGGGAUAUUUAGACUGAAUAUCUUACUACUGUAUUAACAGCAUUAACUGACUUCUGACCUCUUAGGAGAUAAAGAUGACUAUCAGAUAGCUGUAGGUCCUCUUAGGAUUAAGCUGUAGGACCUCUCAGGAGAUAGCUGUAGGACCUCUAGGAGAUAGCUGUUGGUCCUUUCAGGAGAUAGCUGUAGGUCCUCUCAGGAGAUCGCUGUAUGACCUCUUAGGAGAUAGCUGUAGGACAUCUCAGGAGAUCGCUGCAGGGCCUCUCAGCAGAUAGCUGUAGGACCUCUCAGGAGAAAGCUGUAGGACCUCUCAGGAGAUCGCUGUAGGACCUCUCAGGGGAUAGCUGUAGGUCCUCUCAGGAGACAGCUGUAGGACAUCUCAAGAGAUAGCCUAGGACCUCUCAGGAGAUAAAAAAAAAAAAAAUAGAACAUCUAAGAAGACACCUGUAGGACUUCUAAGAAGUCAACUGUAGGACCUCUCAGGAGAUAGCUGUAGGACCUCUCAGGAGAUAGCUGUAGGGCCUCUCAGGAGAUAGCUGUAGGACCUCUCAGGAGAUUGCUAUAGGACCUCUCAAGAGAUAGCUGUAGGUCCUCUCAGGAGUCAGCUGUAGGACAUCUCAAGAGAUAGCUGUAGGAUCUCUCCGGUAAUAGCCGUAGGACCUCUCAGGAGAUAAAAUAUAUAAAUAAAAUAGAACCUCUAAGAAGACAACUGUAGGACUUCUAAGAAGACAACUGUAGGUCCUCUCAGGAGAUAGCUGUAGGAAAUCUCAAGAGAUAGCUGUAGGGCCUCUCAGGAGAUAGCUGUAGGACCUUUCAGGAGAUAGCUGUUGGACCUCUCAGGAGAUAGCUGUUGGACCUCUCAAGAGAUAGCUGUAGGACCACUGAGGAAAUAUGAGAUAAAUAUAGACUCUCUCUGGAGAUAAACAUAUGACCCAUCAAGAGAUAACUAUAAGAUCGCUCAGAAUAUAGCUAUAGGACUUCCCAUGAAAUAGCUGUAAGACCUUUUAAAAAUUAGCUAAAGAACCUCUUAGGGGAAAAAACGAAAUUAAGAAACCUGCUUAAAGAGAUUACCAUUGCCCUACUUGCCGGAUCUCCUAAGGUUUGGGCAGUAGGGCAUAAAAACAGGACACUCAGUGAGUGACUAACUGUUGCUGGUCAGAUAACUAAAACAGCUCCAAUACAGGGGGCAUUUACAGCUAGAAGUGAUAAAGUAUCAUGGGCUUGUAACUCUACAUCAGCUGGGGAUCUACGUUUUGGAAGUAUCUUCUACCAUCCCUAGUCUAGCAAUUCUCAAACCAAUGUGUAUUUUUAUAUAGUAAUCUCUGGGUGAAAACCUUGGCUUUUUUAUUUUAACGACCUCAAAAACAUCACCUUUGUUUUGUGGAUUCAGUAGCUUAGUUUGAAUGUUUGCUGUGACGUAGAAGGAUUUUGCUUUCCAUAUUCCAGAACACCCUCUUGUAUACUAAUUGUGAUUUGGGAAGGUAUCACACAGGUCAAAGAUCACAGAGUGUGACGUUCACAGUAAAUCUGAUUAAAAGAUGGUGGUGCCACAGUAAGAGCGCAGUGCAUUUGGAGAUAGUGAGAUGCUGACAAUAUAGGUAAAGGUUAUGGUAAUAGUCUGGUUACAGCAGAUUGAAGAUGUCUUUCUGAGAACUAUAUAUGUUAGUGCUGGAAACAAGAAUAAUAUUUAUUAUUUUUGUUUGUUUUUUUGUGCUGAAUUAAAAUUAUGACUGAUUUGUUUCAUGACACGAUUAAAUAUUUAUUUGUAUAAUGAUAAUGUCCUACAUUUAUCUAUUGUACAGCACUUGAUAAACACUAAUAUUGCAAUUUUAGAUAUUGGAAGAUCAAAGUUAGUCUAUCUCGUGGCCUAUCUCUUACAAAUUAAAAAGCUUCCCAGCUGUGAAACCUUUUAUGUAAUUUUUUAUUUAACAGUUAGUUUGCUUGUUUGUUUGCAAAAUAUAUAUAUUUUUUAAUGUUUCCAACAAUGUUUGCAUUAACCUUCUGAGUGCUCAAAGUAUAAGCAUCUUACCUCUGUGUUAAUCCCCUGUGUGUCGGGCUACUAUUGAUAAAAUGCAAUCAUAGAUUUAUCACAACAGACAGGGAUCUGCUGUAUUUGAACAUUUAUAUUAAGAUUUCACUAUCUGCUCGUUUAUGCUGCCAGUACACUUUAUUAAUAUAUGGUUCUGGGCAAAAUAAUACGUGUCCUGGCCCACCUGGUGUAUUUUCUUGCCAUUAGGUAUUAUGUCUCAAAGGAUUAAAGAGAAUCAUCAUGCACAGAUGUGCAUAUAAAGAUAUGGGAUAGUUCAGUAUGGAAAGUACCCGUAUUUAUAAACCCUUAUAGCACUUUCUGACCAUAUCUGAAAGCUGAUUGCUAGAACAGAAUGUAUUGUGAUUUACUAACAAGUUGUGAGGAUACACAGUCUGAGAGUAUCAAAGCUUCAGAAUCAUUGUAUACAGCUUAUCUUUUUCCUAAUGAGAGCAUUUCCCUGUUUAAGGUUAAUGAGCAGUUAUUGGAAUUACACUGUGCGUUAAAAUACUGUAUGGCUCGAUAAUAAUAAAAUGGCACAUUAAUAGGAAAUAAAUCUGGGAAAAAAAUCAAAUUUGUCAUUUCUGAUGUUUGUUUUUCCAGAAUAUUAUGUGUUAUACAUUGGCUUAAAUAUUUUCGGAAGUGCUUUAGAUUCUAGAUAAUGCAAACUCAAUAUUCCUUAUGGGUAUCAAUAGACUAGUGUGCCUUUAUUUGUGUUUCUAUAGGAACGUAAACCGUAUGUGCGUUUGUUAUAGUGGUGUUGUAUUGCUAGAAGCGAUUAGUUCCAGAAAAAAAUGAAAUGUCUUUUUCUAAUAUUUUGUGUAUGUCUAAAGGGGCAUCAACUCUGAAUGUGUACAUAUCAUUACUGAACUGUGUUUCUAGAAUCAAAGAGAUUUAAAUGUAUUUUAAGAUGAUGUCUUCUUAUCAACCCCAUUCACAAAACUGUCUGUGUUUACAAUUUUGGAUAAACUAUUGAAAUUAUUUAAUAUUUGAAAAAACAUUUUUAAUAUAUUUAUAGUCUGAUAUUUUGUUUUUAUAUAUUGAUAUAUAUUUAGAUUUUUUUCAUGUUUAGUAAAAAAUUAUUUACAAAGUUUAUCCAAAAAUAUUAAAUCUUUGAAAAGCCUAUAAAGAAUAUCAAAUCGAGGCCUAUAUUAACUAAAUGUUAGGUAUUCAGAUUAAAUUCCAAAAUAAUUAAAAAUUUUGGGCCAACAUGGAAACGUUGCAAGGCUAGUCUUGCCAAAAAUGUGAAAUGUGAACUUUGAAUUUCUGACUAUUGACACUUUAGUGAAACAAAACACUGUGCGUUUGUAGAAGAGCCUCACUGUUGUUACAUUGUGAAGAUAGAUAUUUUGUUUUUUAUUUCUUGUGUUGUUAGAGAUGUGAAGUUGAUACAUCCUGUUCCAUUAGGAAAUGCUUUGUUCUGGUAUAUUUGAAAUUAUGACAGAUAACGUUUCAGAACUUAGACAGGAUAAUAAUCUGUUUAAGAGAUUUUUUCACGUGUCACAUUACUGGCUAAAGAAUAUCACCUUGUGGACAUCAUGUUAAAAUUAAUAUUAUUUGCAUUUAUUUAGUUGUUUUAGGGAUCCCUGCUCCAACAAGCUUAUGUUGAGUAAGUGAAAUAAACACAAGAGGGACAAUGUUGGGGGGGGGGGGGUGCUUAUAAAAGACCACUAACACCCUUUUCACCAAUGUGUAUACAUAUAUAUAUAUAUAUAAAUUAGAUUUCAUAUUGCAAAACACAGUCUUUUUGAUAAACAUCCACUUAUCAUCCCCUCUGCAUCAGCACUCGUCUCCACGUAGCAGAAAAAAUAAUUUGGUUAGUUAGUGCUUUAAUCAGUGGUUCUGCCUCAGACAGAGGGACUAUCAAAAGUCUUUAUUGUUGAAAAGCAGAGGGCUGCAGAACAGGAUGAGGGGUUUUGGCACACAGGAGACAUUAUGUGCAGUUACUAGCCAGACAACUGUAUUUACUAUAUGUGAACAUAAUGUCCACACACACACAAAUGAUUACAUUUUGCUGUGACGUAGCUAAACUACAUUCCCAAGAUAUCAGGUUGCUUGUAAAUAUCCAUAAACAGGAAGUUUGUCAGGAAAUAUAUUGAUAUCACUAUAUACGCUAUAUAAGAUGUUUGACCAGCACAGUGUGUAGAUAAGGUUGUAGCUUAGUAGAUAGGUCAUGUCAUUACUGCUUAUGUACAUCUCGGGGUCCAAAUGCUAUUAUGACCAAACUUAACAGUGCAGAGAUCAUCCACCACACCAGGAUUCAAACCUGUGACUGUAAUGCUGUAGUUAGAACAGCUGUGUUGUAUGGCAGUCUUUAUAAUACUGUAUGCUGAAAAACCAUCUUCAGCAAUGAGUGCAUAUUUCAACUGCAAUCUGAACGGUUAAUUCUACCCAGGCCAAAAUUCAUUACUUCAUGGCAGCAUCCUACAUAUUUAAACUGUUCCAAUAAGACCAGCACAAAAACUGAGAGAAUAACUGCUAAAAUUACACAGCAAAUGAGCCGCUUCGUUUUCUGAAAAUACACACAGGAUAGAUCAUAAUAAACCUCUUCAUUUCUGCACAGAAGACAGCAAUGAUUUUAUUAAGACUAUAAUGGUAAUGGCUAAAGGGGUAACAAACCUACACAGUCUGGCCAGUUAUUAUAUUAUCAUUUUACUGUGUUUUUUGGGGGAAAUUUCUGUAAAAAGGAGAGUGGGAUUAAAACAAAAAUCAAAAUACAAAUACAACAGUUCUUUGCACAUUUUUAUUCAUGUCAUGUAAUUUCUGUUUUACUUAUUUCCAAUGGCAGAUGAGUAAGGCUCUCAGUCUAAUAAAUUAAUCAUUUCAAUUCAGACUGAACAGAUCCAAUAGUUACUUUUGCACUAUCUGAAAUCACUACUGACAGGUGAACUUGUUCGUUACUGGGAAACUGUAACCAAAAAUGCAUAUAUUUUAAUGCGUAUAAUUAUAUGCGUUAAAAUAAACAUUUAUAAAAAUUUCUACAUUAUUUACGAAUAUUUCUAUUAAUAUGCCUUGUUUGUCAGCUCCAUUAGUGUUCUCUACUUUUGGCAGGUCCUAGUCUGAUAUUUGCCUUCAUAAAAUGAAUCCACUUUGUAAUACAUAGACAGGAGUGAAGUCUGCAUUGAAUUCCAUCCUGAACUGUUAUUUAAAGAGGCAGCGAAUAAAUCCAAACCCUGACACUUUGAUAAACAUCCAGUAUAUAUAAUCAAGCACUAAUCUGAACAUAUAUCUGCCAAUAUUCUCUGCCCACCUUCCAGAACAGAGGUUGGCAGGGAAGAGAGCAGGCUGCCACCCCAAAGCACAGGACACUGGCCACCGCAAAGAUGGUGGCUUGGCUAAUUGACAGGCUGUCCCCUCAAGAAGGCCAUUCCUGGAGUACAGGUGAAGUGCGCUGUGCCCAGUUAAUAUAUAGGACAACUGGACUUUGGACUAUUAGCACCUGUGCCGUGUAUGUUUUAAUAGGGCACUGAAUGAUUUAUCAAAAAGUAUAAAUGAUGCAGAGGAACAUCUGUGAUCCCAGGUUGGUAGGUGUGGUGAAAGUAACCUCGCCACGGGCUCCUGGAGGAGCCUGCUUGCCAACCUCUUGCCCCAGGUCUAUGGGCUCUGUAAAAGCCAUAGUAAAAUAGUUAGUUUGUGCCAUUUUCUCUUGCUGUUCGUGCACCAAACAGAUACACGAACUAUGGACCACCCGGGCGCUUGUUAAGCCCUAUCAUCACCUCUUAACGAUUCUAACCGCAGUGUUCUAAUUGUUCGUCUGGGUGGCCACAGUUCGUAUGAACGACCACGAGGUGGCGGCCAUCUUAUUCCCACGAACGCACGCAGUGAUGUUUGGUUGUCAAGUUCAUGGAACUGAAAUCGGACACUGAAACUCCCGAACACCCCUGGACGUCUAUCAUUGUCCAUCAAGGUCCACAGUAUGACUAUUGACUACAUCCGGUAGUUUGUUCGUUUUUAAACUACUGAACUUCACCGUCCACUAUCAUUUUUUUCCCUGUAAUUGUUUUUGGCAUAGGAACAUGUUUGCGGUCAGUCAAAUUAUGACUUCCAUGAAAAACCCAAACCCCUGAACCGAUCUGGGGGAUUUUUGGAUAUGUUGGUCACCCAGAUCGGGGCUAUCGGGUAAUGUGACUUUUGUGGGUUUUAUAUGUGUUUUAGGGGUACUUUUGGGGUGUUUGUACAUUGUAUGUUUUUCUGUACCUUGAGAUAAUUGAGUUUGUACAGUUCCUGACUCAAUUAUCUCUCAGGCACAUGGAUGGACUAUUAAACCGACUACUUCACAGCAAUAAGCCUUGGCUCAUGUGUGUGUGUGUGGGGGGGGGGACUGCUAUACUGCUCUUUGGAUUACUAUACCUGCUAUACUCUCUUGGAGUAGAGGUCUUCCUCCUUGGGAGCUGGAUCUAGGGGUUGGUCCAGGGUGGGAAGGAACGACAAGAUCCUAGCCAAGCUGUGGCAGGGAAAGGGUGCUACAGUGGUCAUGGUGUCUGGUGCAGUGCUUAUAGUACUCAGCGAUACUAGGAAGCGUAAUUGGCAGUGGUACCCAGUCGGGGUGCCAGGCAGUCCGCCACAGUAGGCAUUUUUAUUAAUAUUGUAACGGACCGUUUUGCACACAAGGGGUAAAAACCAUUUAGGCGAUCGGCCCCCUUUCCAGAGAUGCAGGCACAGCUACUGCAGAACACCAAACUCCCGAACUGGAUACAAAAUAGCACUCCAACUCCCGAACUGGAACCUCCCAAAUAGCUGCUAGCAGACGAACAGGAAAAGCAGACAAUCAGCUUACACUCCUGGCAAUCAGUCUCUAACAGCAUACAGUGAAUCCCCCCAAGAAUGAGACAAGGCUCCGUGUUGAGGGUCAAGCAGUGGUCUGAGGUGCUGGCACACCCAGCCUGGUUUUUAUUACAGUCUUGCAAAUACAGGACCGCCCACAGGGAGGUAUAAAAUAUCCAGUAACAUAUUAGUUACAACCCACAGAUUCCCUCCCCCUUAUCCUGAGAGGUAACCCAAUACACAUACCUUUUACCACAAUGCAUCCUGGCUUCCUCUCCUCUGCCCUGGAGAUAAGUGAGAAGUAAUUCAAUUAUCUCCCAGGACAGGGACAAGACUCCAUUAUGCACAUGGUGACACAAAGACAGUAAAACACUUUAAAAUACAUAAAGUCACCUUUUACACAUAACACACAGACAUUUAACAUAUCCCCAGAUAGCUCAGGUCUGAGCGCACAUUAUUAAGCGAAUGGCGCUCAGACCACACGAAUACAGUUUAAUCGCCAUGGAGCCAAAGUCUUUACAGUCAGUUUCAUACGAAUGGGCUCCAUGGGAUUCCUAUCUGGGGUAUAACACAUUCAAACAAAUCUACCGAACCCCAGGCAGAAAAGCACGAAUGAAGCUUUUCUGCAGGUAAAAAAGAUGUCUUUUAACAGGGGGCCAUAGUCCAAAGGCAGCAGGCGAGCAACCAUGCUUCUCCAAUGCAAUGUGGCGAGAUUGGUCUCGUCACAAAUAUUAAUAAUAAUAUUUUGAUUAUAUUUUCAUAUUAGAUAGUUGUAUUUAUUUUUCAUCAAAAAACUUAAAAAUUUUUAAGUAACGUUUAUUGAUCCCCUAUUGUAUAAUUUGUGGUCAUUUCAGCAGCAGCACUCGAGUAACAUGUCGGAGUGUUAAAAUACAUAUAUAUUCUUUGCUCCUUCUAAUACCUUAAACGGACACUGGAUAGGAGAUCUCUCUGCAUUCAAUGAUUUCACUGGGAUCACUGACACCUGUUAGUUUAACCAAAUCUGAUUGAUGUGAUAUAUUUAUACCCACUGUGCAGCUCUGCAGAAUAUGUUUAAAAGGAAAAUGAUAAUGGGAUAAAAAAUAAAAAUCACUUUCUGUUUUAUAUCAGCUCCUCAUAUUAAAUUCCAAGCUAGUCAUGUCCCUCCAAAUUAAAACCAGGCCCAGACUAGAAUGCGCUGAUCAUCUGUGGUAGUAGCUGGAAUUCUAAUUUAUCACCUGCAUUAUACGGUUUUUAGCAUUAUGUCUCAUUCUAUUAUAUAUUUUUCUGCAACUCCUUUCAAUUUCACCCUGUGAGGCCUACAACACAUAUGACAUUUACAGGAUGGCUUUUCUAUCUAUAAGUCUUCAAUCUCCAUUUUCCACACGUUUAGUGGGAGUGAAUUUUAUAAGUUGGUUGUUCAUUUAUAAUCAUUUUUUUCUUUAGUGUAGAAACUCUAACAUAGUAAUUUAGAAAAACCAAGUCUGUUGAGAUUUAUGCCAAAAAAAACUCAACUCAAUCAAAAUGUUGACAUGUUCAUUCCCUCAAUAUUUACCUCCUUAUUUCCACAUUUCACAUUCCACAUGUAUGAGAGUUACCACUCAACUGGAUGGACCAAGAACCUAUGUCAGUUUCCCAUUCUGCUGCAAAUAGUACCAGAGUAUUUGGCAGUCCUUUCUGAACCAAUUCCCCAACCUAGGCCAAACUCUCUGGCUUUCACACUUCAAGUAUGGCAAAUUCAGCCUUGGCAGCUGGGUAACUUUAAAUGUAGGCCGAUAUUAAGGCUGCCACCAGUCUUGAUUUGUACUCAAAGUAGGGCAGAACACACUAUUUAGUGAGUAGACCCCGCUUGGUUUCCCCUUUAUUAGCUUGUAUUAUUAUUAUUGAAGAGGAUAAACCUUUAUCUGGUAAAUCUGACUAGACGUGCUAUGCGUGAAGGCCUACAUGCCCAGCUAUUCUAAGUUUUUUCAAUAACACAAAUUAAGAUGAUCUGUCUGGAGGCAUACUCUGAUGAUUUUUCAUGUAGUUAGCCCCAAUAUUAGCUAUCACACUGAGCACUGUCCAGGUUAGGUUUAUUUUUAGAAACAAUGGUUUCUUGACAAUUUGCACCAUAAUAUCAAUGGAAUGGUAUUGAAGGCACUGUAAAAAUUCAUACAGACAGACUUCCGCUAUAGGCGUGUUUUCACAAGUGACAAAAUAUAGGACAAAAUACAUUUAGUUAAAAAAAACAAUUAAUUAAACCCCAAUGGUUUCCAUCAGAGCUCAGGUUUUUCCUGGAAGUCUGGAUGUAUCUGUUCUACAUGCAAUAUACAUAUAUAUGGAUACACUAUUAUUAAGGAUGUGGGUCCCUCCAUGUUAUAAAGAUACAUCGUUCAUUGUCUUUGAUUAGAUACAUACGAGCAUCGUAGAGUAUAUACUUUGAGAAUAAAUAGAUUUUCCAUUCAUUACCAGACGAGAUAAAAAAAAAUAGAGUUAUACGGGAUUAAAGGAUCACUAUAGAGUCAGGAAAGCAAACUCGUUUUCCAGACACUAUAUAACCCUUAGGUCCCCCCCACCCUCAGGGUCCCCCUCCCUUGGUCCUGAAGGGGUUAAAACCCCUUCAGUUACUUACUUUAAUCCAGCGUCGGGCUUCAUCUACGCUGGUGACGUCUCCUCCCACUCCAACGUUGGCUCCCACGCGCGCUUUCAAACAUUCCAUAGGAAAGCAUUUCUCAAUGCUUUGCUAUGGACGUUCUGCACGUUUUCGCAUCCAGCGUCGCAGAAGCGCCUCUAGCGGCUGUCAGGAAGACAGCCACUGAAGGGUGGAUUGACCCUGCUAUGUAAACAUAGCAGUUUCUCUGAAACUGCUAUGUUUAUAUCUGAAGGGUUAAAACCUGUGGGACCUGGCACCCAGACCACUUCAUUGAGCUGAAGUGGUCUGGGUGACUAUAGUGUCCCUUUAACCCUUUCACUGCCCCAGAGUGGAAGAUGCACAUACAAAGUGCAAGUGAGCCCAUCCAUCUUCACUUGUCAGCAAUAGGUGGUAUCAGCUGGGCUUGGUGAAUGGUGCUCUGUCCUUUGUCCCUUCAAAUGUCAGGCAUAUUAGAAACACGCUAUUCUGUUGUCUCCCUGACCACCUUUCAUUCAUUCUUUUUUCACCUAAAGUCAUUUGGCAGAGCAGCAAAGAUCGUCCCCCACUCUCUGGGGACUUUGGUUGCCCUUCUUGUAUGUGAAUUGCUGAACAGUGCGAUGAAUCAGUCUCUGACGUUACCUUUGCUGUACAUCCCACCCCCUCUUCCUGUGACUCAUCCAACAUUAAGCAUGGAUCUGGCCUUUACACUACUCGGAUCCUGUGCUGUACUGUAUGUGGGUGAUACUCUCAUUAUGCCCUGGUGGAUGGUUGAGUGCUUAUUGAGUCCUCAGUUAGCUUCAGGGAUCUCUCCUUUAAUCUCUGGGUUGUUUUUAGCUGACAGCCGGUUUAUAAAAAUAGCCAAGUUAUGAAAACAUUUACAACUCACUAUAUAUAUAUAUAUAGGGAGAAACAGAGAGAUUGAGAGUGUGAGAUACAGAGGAUAAUGGUGGAACAUUGCAUUAUGGGAAAUUAACACCCCGAAGGGGUUCUGGAGACAUCUACUUGUACUCUCCAAGGCAACCGAUGUUGCAGCUCCUGCCAUUAAUCCAGCCACUCUCUUAUUAUUGAUAUGCCAGGAAAGAGAUGGAUGGGACUGUCUGUUUAGUAAAUACACAAACAUAUUGUAUCUGGGGAUUGCAGAGACCCUAAAAGGCGCCUGCCUCCAUGUUGUGGCUGAUGAAAACACUCUUAGUUUUGUUUUCGGAGGGAUUAUGGACACACCAGGAGGAUUCAGUAUUUUUAUUUUUUUAAAUGGCUCCCUGAUCCUUGGUCAUUAUAUAACCAUACAGAGUAAGAUGAGGGUAAGAUUAUUCUCCAGACCAUAUUAUAUUAUUUAAAUACUCAGAGGUGCAGGUUUUGUGCUCCUUACCCCACUGAAUACAAAGUGGCAUUCCUGCCAUAGGUUCCGGCUCAGCUUGCUUUGCGAAGAUUAUGACGUAGAGUUUCUGUUUUUAUUGACAUCAGGUCACAGAGGAACUGAUUCACUUGUGUGUUGAUUCCCGAGGCUGUAUAUAGUGGCAUUUAAGACGCAUCCAGUUACGUGUCUGUCAUUCCCUGGCACUGAGCUGUGACUUGCGAUCGAUGCCUCUCUUUGCUGAUGCAGUUUGUGUGUGUGAUAUGUCGUCAGAAUUUUUUAGAUUAAUCCAGUUGACGUAUUAAAGAAUUUUGCUGUUUGCACCUGCAGUUCACGCAUUGACAAUUUGACCUCUUUGUUAGUUUUUUCUUGGGGCUCUCUAUCUAAUACUCAUAUGUCAAAGUGCUAAACAACUAUCAGCCUAUGAUGAUUUUGAAAUAAUUAUGUCUUUGUGUGGUUUUUGUUUGUUUGUUUUUUAACUGUGACAUUACUUAUUUAAAGUGUAUCUCUUCAAGAACAGAAGGUUUUUGCCUUACUAAAGAACCAUUUCUGCAGUGCUUCGUCUAUUUAGCAUCCAAUCCACCUUCUUCAUAUAAUAUAUUUUAAAAUGACAUAUUGUAAUACCUGCCUCUAGUGGUGUAAAUAGAUGCACACAUGUCUCUAUGUAUCUCUAAAAUAACCCCCCCCCCCCCCCACCACCCCUGCUCCCCCUCCCAAACAAAAUGGAUGUAUCUACAUCUACCUGAAAAUUAACCAUCAUUCCUAAAAGGGAAGUACCAAAACAACUUCAGCUUAAUAAAGCAGUAUUGGUGUAUAUGUCGUGCCCCUGAAGUCCCACUGCUCAAUUCUCUGUUAUUUAGGGGUUAAACACUUUUGUUUCUGUUUAUACAACCCUAGCCAAACCUCCCCUGGCUGUGACUGACACAGACAACAUGAAUAGAAAGUUUCAUUUUAUACUGCUGUGUGUUUAUUUUACAAGUUUCUUAUCUCCUGCUCUUUAUUGAACUUUAAUCACCUACAAGGAGCCCCUGCAGGCUCUAGCAGGCAAUUAAAGGAAACCUAUAGUCCUAUAAUCUCUCUCCAAUGUUUAAUAAAGAUUACUUACUUCAUUUCUAGCACCAAGACACUUCGUACAGCCGCCCACUCCACCCCCAUCUUUGUGAGCAUGCCUGUUGGCUCUUCCAUGACCUUGUUCAAUCCUAAACUUCUCACAGAGAAGCAUUAAGGACGAGAUAUACAUGAGCGGCCAAAGGCGGCUCUUCCAAUAAAAUGCUGCUAGGAGUAGCAACUGAUUGAAGAGCUGAGUCUGUAAACAUUACUGUUUCUACAAAACUGCAAUCUUUUAUAUUGAAUAGUUAAAAAGACAGGACCACUGCAUCCAGACCACUUCAUCAGGAAGAUAAGACAUUCUAAAUUAAACACACUGUGCAAUAAAGGAAGUGUGAAAAUGGGAUUUCUCCUCACAGGAAGUAAGUUGCGGAUUAAUUAGGUCCUCCCACCUCCACGAAAAAGCUAUAAUUUACCUAUUCUUUAGUGGCGAGACUCACUCGGUGCAUCCACUCAUGUCUUCUCCCUCACAACGUCAUUCGGCUCUUGAGCCGAUGGCCAAUCCAAAGCUCCUAUAUGAGGAAUGCAGCACUCUGAUCCAGAUGAAUUAGGAUAGGAGAAAUCGGUCUGGGUGACUUUAGAUGUCCUUUAAUCUGUUCCUGAAAUGGAAAAUUCAGAGAGCAAUUCACAUGAAUUUCAGUGAUAAAGAUAUCAGUUCCUAAACAUUGCAUUACAUUCAGUAUUAUUAUUUAUAUUCGUCCUGACUCAAAACAGCCUGAUGUGUAAUAUCCAGGUGUUAAUUAACUCUAGAAUUAUCAGGAAUUUAACCUGGGCAUUUAAGAUAUCUGAACUGGAAACAUAGCUCAGGGGAAUUCACUAGAGUGGGAAUAUUUGGGUAUCCACAAGAGAAUUGUACAAUUUAGACCAAAAAUCACAGAAUCUUUAUGUUUUGAAGACGGCUUAUUUUGCAUAAAACCCUCCAUUUUUGACAGCUCUUGGUUUACUGAAGAUUCCUCUGCUUUCUAUUUUUAUACAAUUUGCUGUUCCCUGGUGAAUUCUUGACAAUUCCCCGUUUACUGAACAAUCUUGAAAGUUUUCAAAAUGAUAUAUAUAUAUAUCUCACGCUCAGACAAUCGCUCCUAUAUUUUGAAUAAUAAUUUUCCAAUUGUUUCCUUCUUCCUCAUGUAAUACUCUCUUUGCUCCCAUGUGACAGAUAUAUAUAGAUAGAUAGACAGACAGAUCGAUAGAUAGACAGACAGACAGGGAUAGGCAUAAGGCUGUCCUAACUAUAAGAUAAGGCCAGGGAAUAAUGAAAGUAUUUAGAAAAUUGGGCAGACUAGAUGGGCCGAAUGGUUCUUAUCUGCCGUCACAUUCUAUGUUUCUAUGACAUAUUGAUCGAUAGAUAGAUAGACAGACAGAUCGAUAGACAGACAGACAGACAGGGAUAGGCAUUAGGCUAUCCUAACUAUAAGAUAAGGCUAGGGAAUAAUGAAAGUAUUUAGAAAAUUGGGCAGACUAGAUGGGCCGAAUGGUUCUUAUCUGCCGUCACAUUCUAUGUUUCUAUGACAGAUCGAUAGAUAGAUAGACAGACAGAUCGAUAGAUAGACAGAAAGACAGACAGGGAUAGGCAUUAGGCUAUCCUAACUAUAAGAUAAGGCCAGGGAAUAACGAAAGUAUUUAGAAAAUUGGGCAGACUAGAUGGGCCGAAUGGUUCUUAUCUGCCGUCACAUUCUAUGUUUCUAUGACAGAUCGAUAGACAGAUAGAUAGAUAGACAGACAGAUCGAUAGAUAGACAGACAGGUCGAUAGAUAGAUAGACAGACAGAUCGAUAGACAGAUAGAUAGAUUAAGAUUUCAUUUUUAGGUAUGGAAAAUGUGUGGGUUGAUUUCUUUUUUUAUAUAUAUAUUCUUUUUGUUCUGCACUUUUUCCCAAUUGAUAUUUGUUAAAUCUAGGACAAAAUCCAAAUUUGCAUCUGAAGUGCCUUUUGUAAAUACCCAAAGUGGAUUAUUUUCCUCCAGUUCAACUAUUUGAUCAGAAUUAUGGGAUUUCUGUUGGGAAUUUGGAUCUUAGUAAAUUGGCCUGCUCACCUUCUGGUUCGCAAUGUAAUCAGUGUCCUGUAAUUAUGUUUGUUUAUAAAUAAGAACAGAAAUGUAUUCACAAAAACCCCUUAGUUCCAGUCUCCUUUUUGAUAAUAUUUGCAUAUCCUUUUAACAUAAAUAACAGCUAUAAGGCUUGAUACUCUAAAAAACGGGUAGGAAUAAAAUUCAGAUUUGGAAAAUACCCCUUUUUGUUUUUCUGUAUUUUUAUAUUUGCUAUAUGAGUAAUGUGAUAAUUAUACAUAAGGCUUUGAAAUAAUACCAUAGAUAUUAUGUUGUAUCUAUCUUCUCUGUGUGAUCUUUUAAUCUGCUUCAUAUAACUUGACGUUCUGCCUUCAAACACAACAUGAACAUUGAUUUAGAAAGCCCAAACCUGCGUCACUGAGGGCGUCUCGUCUACGUCAAUCUUGAGAAGAAAAUGCUCUGUUGUAUGAAGAUGCUCUGUAAUUGGAGCUCUACAAAAUCUCCGGGGUAUUUUAACGGCAGCAAAGAUUUUUAUAUAAAACCCAUGUAUCAGAUCCCCAUGUUGCAGGGCUUCAUGUCUGCUCAAUCUAGCGUAUUAGAGAAGAUGUGCUAUUCACGUUUUACGUUUUCAGUGUAAUAUAGUAUUCUGAUAUCUAAAAGUACAUAAUUAAAAAUAAACCCAUCGUUUCUCACAAUCAUGGAGUGGAAUUAUUUGUAGAGUAGGAUUUUAAUUUCUUAUUUUAACAUCUGUACCUUACAUUUUUUGAAUCAAUGCUACCUAUCUUUCCUAGCCAUUAGCAUUAUGGAGACCAUCCUUGAUCCUGCAAAUGCUUAUGGACUACAUUUCCCACAAUGCUCAGCAAGCCUUAAGGCUGCUGUUUGUAAACUGCAAAUGUGUGAAAAUGUAAACAAAUGCACAAACAUCUUUGUGAAAUGCAUUUCCCAUGGUACACAGCAGGCCUGAGAGGGCAUCAUGGGAAAUGCAAUUUGCUAAUUUUUCAUAGCCACGGUUACCCAUCACCACAUAUUAAUGUUGGGGAUUAUCUUGGGCUUCCCAUUGUCUAUUAAAGCUCUACUUGUGAUAGCGUGGGUAUGUUCUAGGUGCGUUGACUUAUCUGGAACCUUAGUUCACCCCAUGCUGAACACCGUGCAAGAGAUCAAAGUCCCCAAGGGUUCAAUCAGCUGAAAUAGGCAAAAGAGCUGAUUCAGAAAAAUUAACUAACUCAGCUAUAACCACAGCUUAUUUUAGAAUGCAUUUUAUUGGGUUUCCAUUUUGGUUUUUGAUUUGCUAUUAUUGAGUGUCUAAUGAAUGAACCGUCCGUGUAAUUAUAUAUUCUCCUGCCGGUAGCCAAAUAAUGAUUUGUUUCAUUUGUAAAGCACUCGAAAUAAGACGGAUGGACGGAUUGAUGGGCAGAUGACAGACAGACACAAGUUAAAGCUCUGUGUAUAAGCCACCUUGUUUUAAAACUGUAAUGCUGGUUAUGAGACCAUCUUACUUCUGGAUUACAGACACCUAUGCCAUAGACAUAUACCUUGUUUAUAACUGGCUGAGAGUGAUGAGAGUUGUAAUUCGGUGGCAGAGAAAGUAUCUUGUGAUCCAGGAAUUACAUAAUCCUUAUUUAAUGAUUAAGGCUUAAUCCUCAUUAUGGAUAUCAUUUCUAGGCUUGUGUUGUCUACGAAAAAAUACAGAUGUUUAAGGUUUUUUUCCCCAAAACAUUUUAUUGGAAUUUUAGCAGAGUCAAGAAAUCGUUAUGGGUGUCGGGGGUACAUAGCAGAACACCCCAAAUAGACAUUUUCAUGUUACGGAUGUUUAAUCUUGUAGCAAGACAUUUUUGAACUGCUGUAUUCUAUGGAAGAAACAUGUGGAGAUGGAACAGUUAAUGGAGGUUGGGGCAAACACUCAGGGAUGGCAUCGCUGUGCGCACUGUGAAGGCGGCUGAUGUCACAGCUGGAUAAUGAGUCUUUGUGGCAGAGCAGGAAUAGGAGUCUGUGAGUGACAGAGAACUUGAAUGAUUCAUGUCUCACGCUCAGACAAUCGCUUCUCUCCCUUUUGAGGCUCCUGUAUUUUGAAUAAUCAUUUUCAUUUGUUUCCUUCUUUCUCAUUUAAUGCACUUUCUGUUCCCAUGUGACAGAUCCCAUAAUAUAUGAAGGCCUGGGUUCCCAUCUCGGUUCGUGUUUACCUGUUAUUUUGCUGUUUUUCCUGUAGGUUGUCUAUUCGACCUGAGGCUGUGUUCCAAGAGUGAGACCUGUUUGCAGGGUAAGCUGCUCUGCAAAUAUUUUAAAUCCCCGCUAGUCAAUAUUCCAAAAUUAAACACUGUGAUGAUUUUAGCACAGUCUUGGGACUUUAGGAUGUGACCCGAGGUACUCCGGAUCACACAAUCUAAAGACUCAACGGUAUGACACCAUAUAAUGUGAUGAUCAGCCAGAGGGCACAAGCUAUUCUCCACAUUGAUUUAGUGUCAAUGGAGCCGCAUGGUGCUGCCUGACAUACUAACUGGUCACUGCGGAAAUACCCCCAAGAGUACAAUUUACCUGCAACCCUGAGGGUCUUUACAUUCACCCAUAAACCAUAAAUAUCUUCCCUUUCAUUAGAAAUGAGACUCUUCCAGUUUACCCCUAAGAGUCUUCCCAUUCACCCUGAGAACAGGAGAAACUGCCCAUUCCGCCUGAGAACCUGAACCAGUCACACUGAGAACCCGAGAAUCUUCCUAUUCACCCUGUGAAACCGAGAAUCUGCCCAUUCACCCUCUGAAACCGAAAAUUUGCUCAUUCACCCUGUGAAACAGAGAAUCUGCUAAUUCACUCUGAGAAACUGAGAAUCUGCCCAUUCAACCUGUGAAACUGAGAAUCUGCCCAUUCACCCUGACAACUCAAUGAUCUGCCCAUUCAUUCCUAGAAACAGAGAAUCUGCCCAUUAACUCUGAGAAUCUGCCCAUUCACCCUGACAACUCAAUAAUCUGCCCAUUCAUUCCUAGAAACUGAGAAUCUGCCCAUUCACACUGAGAACCCCAGAAUCUGCUCAUUCAGUCUGAGAAUCUGCCCAUUCACCCUGAGAACCCGAGAAUCUGCCCAUUGAUGUUGAGACCCUGAUAAUCUCCCCAGAACCCUGCUAAUCCACACUAAGUUAAAACACUACCUGAGGCUGAUGAAUCAGUAAGUUUAACUUUUCAUUAAUUCUUGCACAUUUUGUCUUACAGAUGGUUUGUUUGGUCAGUGCCGGGAGCGAUCAGAAAGGGAUGUUGGUCAGUUCCAGGUGACACCAGGAACCCUCCAGCAGUUGCAGGGUGUUCUGCGCCAACUUACAGCAAAAGGUAUGUUAAGAGACCAAUAAUAACCGUACAGUUAUCUGAAUCGAUUCGGCAUUGCAUGCCACUCCGUUCUGCUUCCAUUCUUGGGCCAAACACAGAUCAUUUCUUACCCCUGGGCACAUUAACUGCAAGUCAGAAAAUACUCAUACCCCGGAGUCAGUGGGUUUAAUUGACUGUUCUAUAGAGUAAGUAGGUUCAGUAGAUUACCGAAUUUGAAAUAUUUUAUUUUGACAGGCAGACCAUAGCAAAAUCAGUAAAUCCUAAUGCUUCCUCCAUGUAACUCAGCUCAUUUCUUCACCACACUCCAGCAAGUACAUUUUUCAAUUCAGAAAUCUGUUGAAAUGCAGCUAAAAUGAUCUCAGUGGAGCGUGAAGACACAGACACAUUCAAUCUCUUUCAAUUUUAGCAAAUAUCUACGUUAUGUUCGUUCUUUUGUAGAGAUAUUCAGACAAUCAAUAAAUCAUGAGUCCUUGUCAGUGCUCAAGAUUCAUAGAUCUCUAUCGGUGACAUGUUCUUCCGUUAAUGAUGUGCUUCCUCAUUUAACACAAUUCCUAUUGUUAUCUAAACUAAUUUAGACAUUCUCCAAUUAAUACUGUCACUUGGCAGUUGUUAUUUCUUUGUCUCUUUAUUUACCUUCAUUUUUUACCUUAGCUUUCUAUUUGUACAUAAGAUAAAAUAAGAACUAAGAUUUGUUAUGGGAAGUGGGAUCUUUGGCAGUGGGUGGAGCUUAAACAAGAAUCCAUUGCCAAGCUAAUAUACCAAUAGUCCAUCUGUGAAAACACAGCAGGCAAACCAAAGACGUCAUGGACAGAGGAGCACAGAAUGGAGGUACCUGGAUAUUGAGAUCCGGCAAUGUUGCACAAGGAGGUAUGGAUAAUAACGAUAAAUGAAGGCAAGAUGCAAGGGUGCCUAUAAUCAUUAUGAUAUGAGGAGAAUAAGGAAAUGGAAGCUGAAAUACAAAAUAUAGAAGUGCAACCUUAAGAGAGGGUCCCCAGUGUCAAAGCACGGAACAACUAGAAGGGACACUCCAAGUACCCACACGUUAGGUGCAAUAUGUAAACUAGGUUACAGUUAGUCAUGCUGGGUUUUUUUUAAUUAAUUUUUUUACUUUUUUUAUUUUAUAAUAAUAAUUAUUUAUUUCUCCUUAUGCCCAACCUUUCUGCCCCUCCCUCACAACCUGCAGUGUCUCCCAAUUAACUCCAAAAAUAUUACAGUGCGUGAGGCCGUAACUUGAGUUUCUGGACGUUGUAGUUCAGCUGUUAGCUGUAUUCAGUGAAAUGCUGACAUUUGAACUCCAAUUCCUAUAAACCAUUGUUGUACUUAUAGAGCGCUUUCUCUGAGAUAAGUCCAGCAGGACUUAGCUGGUGUUGUAGACAGUUAAGUGGACAUAAUAAAAACACAUUUUAAAUUAAUUAAUCAAAAAAAAAAACGCAAUUUUCUCCAUUUUGUCAGGGAUGAGGUGUCCCAGAGUUUCUGUGAGAUCUUUAUGGAUAUCUUUCUUCAGGCUUCCCCUGGAAUGUGGUCUGGGCUGACAUGAUUAGUAAAUUCAAACUCAGGACAGAAGAAGGGGUUAAAGCAUGGUUAGCCCAAGGGAAAAAAAAACAAAGACAUUUAUUGAAAAUCUAAAUGUACCUUUCUCUCCCUGUGGCUACAGGGCUGUCAUGGAGGGAUGAUAUGACACAGAGAGUCAUGGCUCAUGAAAUCGGGAGGAUCCCACAGCACAGGACCCUGGAGCCCCUCGAUGUUCUGGAUGAGGAGAGGUACAUAUUUUAUUUUAAUUUUUUUUGCCAAGGAAUAGAACUGAGAAGACAUGGCUGAUAUUCUAACUUCAACCACUGACAAAACCAUAAGAUCAUCCACUUCCUGUCUACCGAUCAGUACUAUGCUGUUUCACAAACUAAAUUCUAGAUUUUAUUGAGCUGUUCAGCAAUAGCUAUAGAUAGUCGACACAUUUUAGUCAAAGAAUAAAGGACUAUUAGCAUUCUGCUAGAGGUAUGCAUUUACUGUAAUGACACCGAACAUGAGAUUGUGAAACCUGCAUAAAAUGUUUUAUAGCAAACCACAGCUAAUACACAUAACAACAACGAAAUGCUAUGUUUUCAGUGAUUUGGGGUAAUACAAGCAGAGAUGGAGAUUAGUCGCUGAGCAUAAAUAAUAUAUAUUGUAUGACACAAAGAAGUGAGGUUUGGUUAUUGGGCAUGGGACACAGCAUCCAUGUGAAUCUCAUGUCAUCUUAAAGUCCCAGAUUUUCCAUAAACGGCCUUUUAGUAUAAGCUAUGCCCUCUUCACAGAUGUAACUGUACUAUACUCCUCUUUUUGGACACUGUGCGUUUUCUCUGAACUGGUAUCAUUAAGGUUCCAAGCUAAUUGCAUUUGUCAGGGGAAUGUGAUACCUAUUCAUGGUUUGGGAAUUUUAUGGGCAUUUAAUCUACAUUAAGAACAGGGGGGAAGAGUCAGCGCUAGAUAACAGACUAAAGGGCAGCAACCCAAAAAAAGGGAAUCCCUCAAGACCCUUUAGCACAAGAUAGAAAGAUACAAAAGGGGUAAGGGCUGCGCCCGAGGCUAAUAUCAGUAAUCUAUAAUACCAAACAACCAGACCAAAUGGUCUAAAUGGAGAUACAACAAAUAGGCCUAUAUAAAAUAGAACAGUAAGGAGUGAAAAAGUCCCAAGUGUACAAUAAAAUUGGUAAUUCUCAGGAAUAUAAAAUGGUAAAUAAAAGUCACAUAAAAAGUCUCUCUGUAUACCAGGAUAGGGGGGGGAGUUGGCAAUUCUCAGGAGUUGAUCCGUCCGGAUGGUUAACAUAUCGCUGUAUGUGGAGAGAAAGGGAAAACGACAAAAUAGCCGAUGGUGUAAUUUCGUCAGGAUCCAGUAAAAAAUUAUUAAAAUGAAGGUAAUACACUCACAUUUAGAAGAGCUCUAGUCAGCUCUGGGGUAAAGGACGUGUAUCGGUAUGAUCCCCGCUAACGGAUAUAGUGGAGAGGUACGUCCGUCAAUCCAGUCUGGUUAGGCAGUGCUCCAGGGUAUAUAUAAGAAAGCAGCAAUAAUGCUCUCAGUAUAUAAUGGAAUAAAAAUAAAAUAUAUAAAAUGUGCUUACAAGUAUAGAGCAGAAGAUACUGCUCUAUUAACUGAGCGCUGGUGGAAUAAUCCCCACCUCGGAUUUCUUUAGUACAGGAUACAGGAUAAAAUAGAAAGAUGCCAGGAAAAAGAUUGCUUAAAAUACACAAUUUAAAACCAUUAACGCGUUUCACCAUAAAAAAGGCUUUAUCAAAUGGUAUACCAUAAAAAAGCCUUUUUAUGGUGAAACGCGUUAAUGGUUUUAAAUUGUGUAUUUUAAGCAAUAAAAGUUUUUUGGUCAUUACAUUUUUAUACCAAUUCUCUUUUUAUUGUAUUUUAUUUGCACUUUUUUAUUUCCUGGCAUCUUUCUAUUUUAUCCUGUAUCCUGUACUAAAGAAAUCCGAGGUGGGGAUUAUUCCACCAGCACUGAGUUAAUAGAGCAGUAUCUUCUGCUCUAUACUUGUAAGUACAUUUUAUAUAUUUUAUUUUUAUUCCAUUAUAUACUGAGAGCACUAUCGCUGUUUUCUUAUAUAUACCCUGGAGCACUGCCUAACCAGACUGGAUUGACGGACAUACCUCUCCACUAUAUCCGUUAGCGGGGUUCAUACCGCUACACGCCCUUUACCCCAGAGCUGGCUAGAGCUCUUCUAAAUGUGAGUGUAUUACCUUCAUUUUAAUAAUUUUUUACUGGAUCCUGACUAUAUUACACCAUUGGCUAUUUUGUCAUUUUCACUUUCUCUCCACAUAUACCGAUAUUUUAACCAUCUGGACGGAUCAACUCCUGAGGAUUGCCAACUCCCCCCCUAUCCUGGUAUAUAGAGAGACUUUUUAUGUGACUUUUAUUUACCAUUUUAUAUUCCUGAGAAUUACCAAUUUUAUUGUACACUUGGGACUUUUUCACUCCUUACUGUUCUAUUUUAUAUAGGCCUAUUUGUUAUAUUUCCAUUUAGACCAUUUGAUCUGGUUGUUUGGUAUUAUAGAUUACUGAUAUUAGCCUCGGGCGCAGCCCUUACCCCUUUUGUAUCUUUCUAUAUAAUCUACAUUGCCCAUGAUGUCAGUGUGCUCCUGCUCCAAACACAGGUAUAUACCCAAUAUGUCAGCCUAUAAAAUGCCAUAAAGAAGGUGAGCUUGAAUCACUGUGAAUAAUACCCAGUUGGAACAGAGUGUGUUCUAAUGCAAUAGGUUACAAAAUAAAGACACACAUGUAGGGUUAUUUACUAAAGGUAGAAUUUAAAAUUAAUUUCACAUUUACGGCCAACGUAGCUGAGCUGGAAGCAUAGCUACCGUAGAUUUUUAUUUUCCAGUUUGAUUUUUUUGGCCUUAAAUUUGAAUUUGCUUUGAAUGCACGCAUGCGUGUAUAACAUGUUAGUUUCUCCAUCUGGGAGAACGAGAGUCUAGAACAAUUAUUGCUAGCCUUGCAUCAGCUCCUGUUCUGAACUCGGUUCCAGCCAGCCUUAAGCAGCUCUAUGGCUAGCUAUUAUUAGCUAGCAAAGCCCAACGGUUUCUUUAUAUAAUUUUGUAUAUAAAUUUAAAUCCCUAUAUUUCUAAUUUUGUUACCAUUACCUAUAAUGUGCAAUUACCUGGAAUUUAUUUUAUAUUCCUGAAAAGUCACACCUUAUUAAAUAAUCCUGUAUAAGUUUAAUUAGGACCUUUUAAUAGAAUUGUAUUCUUUAUUGAGUCCUCUGAUUGCCUGUAUUUGACAAAUGUAAAAUAAAAUAAGAUCAAGCUAUAUAAAUAUCUAUUAAAAACUUAGCAAAAACGCGUCAUGUGAUUAUAGUGAAUGGUGAAAAGUAGUUUGGCACUAAAAUAAUUAAACUUAACCAAAACAUGUUUCCUUAUAUCCAUACUACACUGUACAGAAUAGAAAUACCCAAAUUAGCCAUAGCGCUUCUUUAUAAUGUUCCAAUUUGUCUCAUUUUGAUUUUGCCAUAGGACCUCUCUGUCUCAUACACCUGGAAGGACAGUUCAGCGUCUUACAGGAGCUGGCCAACCUUCAACGCAGAGAUGGGGUGAUUCCGUCGAUAAACUGCAGUAUUUCAGACCUCGGUUGCCAUCACAACCAUUGGAAUCUGCACUACAGAAACAGCAGCGAUUGCCUCUCAACAUGAAGCAAAAUAUUUCUCCCUUGGUGGAGAGAUAUCUGACAUAUUUCAUGCUGAACUCUCAGACGCCCAAGUCCCAGGUAAGACCCACCAUUAAUUAAAUUUCCGUAGCAUUCCGUCUGCUGUAGAUUCCAGAAAUGAGAGCAGUGCACUGCACAGGACCCAAAAAACGGUUUUCUGGUGUUCAAAGUAAACAAUACAGUAAACAAUGUAAUGAUUAUUUGACUACGGAGGUACAUAGCACACAACUAGAGCAAGCAGUGCUUGUGGAAAGUAUUUGCCACCAGAGAAAAAUUAUGAUCCCUCUUGAUCCUACACAGAUUGCCAGUUUAGGACCCUCUUCAUUCUUGACAUAGGAAUGACUAAUAAGGCCAAGUAAAUUCAUGGUUUCCCGGCCUCUGUCUAAAAUCAGAGCCCUAGGCGGUCACCUGCUAUGUUGGUUUUUUGACAUAACUAUUAUACUAAAUGUGAAUAUACCCCUUAAAUAAACAUUAUUCUAGGCAUUCUGUUAACAGAUUGUGUACUUUACUUUAUGAACAUUUUAUAUCUGUAAUCACAUAAUAAAAUGAAAUAGGCGUUUUACUGGAAGGUCAUAAAUAUAUUACGCAUUAUCUGAAUCAACAGCAACAUUUUAUUUAGCAUUGUACAGAUACUGAGUACACAAAUUGUAAAAUCGCCCUGAUUUCAUUAUAUCUAGUCUGCAUUUAUCUAUCACAAUGCUUUUUUACAUUUAAAACAUGUUUUCUUUUAAACGUAACAACUUUCAGACUCUUAGCUGCACCUGGUGUUACAGAGAGCAUUUCAUUAAGAGAUCCAUUAUUUACUUUGCAACUUUAGUGCUGUGAGCCUUUUUCAGAAGCUAAAUAAACGUGUAGUUGCCUUUUAUUUAGAGCAAGGUGUUGUAUGUAAGUGGUAGUAGAUGAAUAUAUGUUCUUCUUGAUGAGGAGUUCCAGCUGAUUCCAGAACUCCUUUCUUGCAGUUUGGUUACCAGGACACAAGUCGACUUAGGAGCCCAUCACGUGCCUUCAGUGCAACUUACACUAGACCAGAGGGCUCAAGAAGACUCGUUUACGGAAGGUACCAAGGAGGGCAAGAAGGACCACUGACUGUUCAUUUGUCCAGCGAAAGACACCAUUCUUGGCCUGAACUGCUGAGGAAACUCCCUCGUAAAAGCGUGGGAAGUGAAAUACCAGAGGAUGUUCUGGACAACUCUGAAGGAAUGGAUGGGAUUCCCCAGAUAACAGAUUUUGAUAAGGAGCUACAAGGAGAUGGUCGAGCUGAGGCACUCCGGGCGUUGAGAGGUUACAUCACUCAUUUAACCUCAUCAUUUCAUUGAUUAUUAGUAUCAGGUUAUAUUUCUGUAAUCAUGUCUGAUUUUUCCCUCAAAUAGUAGCGGAACCAUAUGUCUGUCAGAGAUCUGUGCUUACUGAAUUUCAUUAACAGUGCUUUCCCUAGAAGAGGAAUGGGCAGCAUUUGGUCCCAAAAGAGGUGCUUUUUAAACACAGCAAAGGUUUCUGGGAGCUGCAGUGCAAUUGUCAGCUUUGAACAUUUGAAUAACAACUACCAGAAACCUGUCAUGCCAUCCUAUACAGCAGUAUAUCUAACUGUAACCUAAUCUACAUAUUGCAUUGAACGUGUGUGGGAGUUUUAAUGUCCCCUUAAAGGAGCACUUCAAGCACCAUAACCACUAGAGCUGAGCGUAAUAAUUAUGGUACCAGGUGUGCCUUUGCACCCCCAUUAUAAGUAGUAACAGUACACUUCUGCUGAGUGCCACAUCCCACCUCCACUCCUAACAAUGGAAAGCCAGGAACUUCCCUUAGUUCUUCAGCGCUAAAUCCUUCACUGCAGUGCUUAGCUCAGACUCAGCUUCCAAUUCUCCGCUGUUUGUAGUAGAGAACGGAAGUAAUGAUCUGUAGACCCUAGGUAUGAUGUCAGACAGUUCUAAAACAGUUUGAAUUCUUACAAUAGAAGGGGAGUGAAGGGGGGUGAAUACUAGGGCAAUCCUGGCACCAUAAUCACUACAGUGUGCUGUAUUGGUUAGGGUUCGUGGAAUUUUUUUUAAGGUUACACAUGUGAUGAAAUGCAUGCACAGUAACCUUCCCAAUAUAACUCUUCAUCCACUACCAUAGACAAUUCACCUUCUCACUUUUCAUCAUGGAAAGUAUCUACAGAUAAAGAUAGGCUUGUUCUUGUUUUUACAUACAGGUUCACUUGGAAUGCCAAGUAUAGCAGAUGCUCAGACAGACAUACAAGGUCCAGGUGACUUGGGGAGUUUAGAGAAAAAUGGUUUUGAUGUGAGACAGUUAAGUGAAACGCAGCUGGAACAACUAUCAACUCUUCUUCAGCUUCUUCAGUUGGAUUCGCAGCAGAACCAGGGUGAGACUGUAUAAACCAUGCACAGCAUCUAUACAUAAUGUAACAUGUACUUUCAUUAAGAAGGCGUGCACAUUGAAUUUUACAUUAGUCAUUGACAUUGUAACUCAAUUUUUAAUUAGAAUGUUGUAUAUUCAGCCAAAUUAAUUAGAAUGUCGUGUAUUCAGCCAAAGCAAAACUAAUUACUCUGAUCUUUAAUUUAACCCAGCCUGCUGGAGGUAAACAAAUUCAAGUUUAACCCCUUAAGGACACAUGACGGAAAUAUUUCGUCAUGAUUCCCUUUUAUUUCAGAAGUUGUGUCCUUAAGGGGUUAAGGGGGUUAUUCACUAAACAGUGCUUUGUAGUCAGUUAAAAUCUGAUUUGCAAUAUUUAGAACAAAAUUAUUUGGAAAUAUUGUGCAGCACAGCUAUAGUCACAGCUUGAAUAUUUUAUUUGAAUUUUGCAAAUAGUUUUUUUAAUUCAGCACACUUCCUGUUUAAUAAACAAUGAUUUAAUUUUGUAAUGUUGGGGUUUAUUCUCACUGAACCAGGGAUUGUGGAUAUUGACAAGAGAACUGUCACCUCCCAUGAUAAUAAUAUUGUGUUUACAUAUCACUUUAACUGAUUGACUUCAUUUCCCGUCAAUCAUUGUUAGAAACGCUUUACUUUGCACCUGGCAGUCAGCAUACAGAGAAGAUGAUACAUGAAACAAUAUUUCUAUUUGUUGUAUCUCUCGUGCAAAAAGAGCCAGCCUGCAUUUUGGAUCUGGACAGGCUUUUCUUGCACUCCCUAAGUUUUGAAGAGUAAUCCAGUCGUGACCCACUUGCUCACGGUGCCUGGACGGGUAUCGGCAAUACCUCACUGACGAUGUCUAACAAGACCAAAACGAUUGCCUGGGGUUUUUGUAUCUCUCGUGCAGAGAGACAGCCUGCAUUUCGGAUCUGUACCGUCCUUUUGAAUAUCAGUCUGAAAUGCAGAUUGCUGGGUUCUCUUUUUAAUGGCGCAAGAUGAGCUAAAACCAGCCUGAGAUCUGAACGGAGACCCACCGAAGGGCAAGCUACAGGAGCUGUUGUCCAAUCUCGUAUUCCCUUGCAUCCUAUAUUUUGCUUUCCCAAUGUUUCAGUUUCUUCUCUUGUUAACCCCUUAAGGACACAACUUCAGAAAUAAAAGGGAAUCAUGAUGGAAUAUUUUCGUCAUGUGUCCUUAAGGGGCUAAUAUUGUAUAAUGUUUGCACUGGUUUUACUUGUCUGAUCUGGAUUAUGAUUUAAUAUGCUAAAUCUUUAAUAUAAAUUUUAAGGAAAAUGGUGUCUUACAAAAAAAAAAAAAGUUAACGCGAUUAAAGUUCUAAACGAUUUGCAAUGUUUUCUGCUGUGAUAUAAACUAUAAAUACCAGACAUUUACAGUGACAUUUCCAAUUUAAGUAAAAAAAAUAAUAAUAAUUCAGCUGAAAAAAAAUAAAUGAAUUGCAGAAUCUUUCCACUUUGAUUAUUUGAUUAUUUUGGACUAGACUGUGCAAUUUGUUUAUCAACUGCCCACAAUUCUCUGUUAAAUGAAUGAAACUCAGCAUGAAUCUUACUUUCCUGGCAUCCGGUGGUGCAUCAUACAGUUCAAGAAACAUUAACGCGUUUAAUGAGACCAAACUCUUUAUGCAUUACAGGAGGAAGAAAUCCAGAAAGAAUCCCCCUGAAACGAGUGAGUAUAAUAUAUGUUACAAUCUGCUAACAUGUACAGAAUGCGUGUUUUACAGACAUGAAUUAAAUACAUAUAUGUCAAUUACUUACAUAUUUCAUAGUCCAGUGGUAGAUAGCCUGUCAGUCAUUAAAUGAAUCGUAUCCCACGAUUUUGGGCAUGUUCAGUCUUUCUGCCCUCAGUUUCACUUGUAAAUAUACAAUCUUGACUUGUCGAACUGGCCCAGCGUCUUGUAACAGGGAUCUGUGCGUCUUGCUUGUGUUUAUAGUGGGAUGAUGUGUUCCACAAAGCGCAGACAACAUUGCAAUCGAGAAAGAUGCAUGGUACUGGAGAAUAAAGGAUUUAACCUUGUAGGCUUUUCAGUCAUUCUGUAAUUCAGAUUUCAAUUUUCUACGAUUAGAUGUUUAGUGAAUAAGCCCUAGGAGUGUUGUAAACUGGAAAAUCUGAAUGCUCCUAGAGUUAAUGUGUCAAUAUCAAAGCAAUCUUGAAAAAAGAAAAUAUCUGCUAGAAAAACAAGGAAACAAUGCAUUCCUCACUUAGCUUUAUUUUAUAGAUUGCAGUAAAUUGAACAAGUUCUGUUACGUGCUGAGUUUUAUAUAUUACAUACAAGAUGGAGUGAAUCCAUAGUUGACAAGUUGAUAAUGACCAAAUGCCAGUUUUCACUACUCUUUACAACUCAACUCAGGGUUCUGAGGUUCAAAGUAGAGUACAUUGCUGGAUUUCUUGAACAGCCGAAUGCAAGUGAAAUGCGUUGGGAAUUCACUCCAUUAUUAAGCUGCUGCAUAUGCUGUAUAUCAGCUAUGAUUAAUGUAGUGUGUUUGAGAACAGUUUAGUAACUAGACGCAGGGGAAGGCAGCCAUGGGCUCUCCAGAUGUUGUGGACUGCAUAUGCUCUGAUGCUUUGCCAGCAUUGUGCAUGUAAGAGCAUGCGGUGAGAUGUAGUCCACAACAUCUGGAGUUCCGAAGGUUGCCUACCCCUGAAUUAGGAAGUUUGCGGCACUCAAGGCUGUUUGAGGUUUAUAAUCAGAUGCACAAUGCAAAUAUUUCUGUACACACUUAGAAUGGGCUUAAAUCCUUAGGUUCAAUCCUUGUUCAAUCCUUGCUUUGUAUAUGAGACCUUAAAACUAAUACGCCAAAGUCCCACUGAAGUUUGUUUUUUCUAUUAAAAGGUGUUUUGAUCCCCAGUCCUGGUCAGUCUAACGUACAUUGAGAUCUUUGCUUGUUCUUUGCUUGCAAUCAAAAUUCAGUUCACUUUUUUCAAUUAAUUUAUGAAUAUUAUUGACAAGAACUAGGCCUUUGAGUUACUUUAAAAAAAAAUAUAUAUAUAUAGUUGCAUUUUCUUUUUCUAAACCACAUUGAAUGUAUAUUAUAGCAUGCUUAAAAAAUAAGUUUUUUUGCUUGUUUAAAUAUUGUAUGUUUUUCCCCCCCACAAAAUAUACCAACACUUUGAGUAAGACAAAUGAUGUAUGCACUAGAGAUGAAUAUAACACAGGGAGCUACUCUCACCCUCCCUCUCUCUAGUCUCUCUUUCCUCUCUCCCUCUAUUUCCACGCUCAUGGACAGAAACUCAACACUCCAUUAUUUUAAUUGGAAAAUAUGUUGGAUUGUAUUUUACUCAUGCGUGAUCUGCAAUGAUUUAAUUAUUUCUGUCUUCCAACAAUAUCUCCCAAAAUAAAAAAGCAUUUUAUAAAGAUUGUUAAUAUAUUUGUAUACUAGAAAAAUAUGUAAGGUGACAUGAUGGCAUAGAUUCUGAAAUAUGGUUUCCUAAAUAAUAUAUACUUUGUAAACAUUGUGAGGUCUGUUCAUUAGAUACAGCAUUUUAGUGAAAAUCAAACUAAAAAAGUGAUAAUUUAAAAAGAAUUUUCAGCUCAAUUAUAGUCACAGUUUGGCUAUUGUAGCCUCGAUUUGGCAAUUCGGCAAUCAGUUCACUACAAUUUGGAGUUUAGCACAUUAACCCCAAAGAGUGCCAUAUGCCAUAAGAUCAGUGCAGUAAGGGGAAGCUCUAGCCAUUUUCAAAAGAGGUGUACAUUACUUACGCUGUAGAAGCACAGAAAACAGUGCCUAAUUUUUAAAGGACUGCUUCAGGCAGUAUAACAACUUGCCUUCAGGGGUUAAAUUGUUAAAGAAUGGUUAAACCCCACAGUCUUCAAUUUGGUACUCACCAGCUCUGCCCCUGCACAUCUGCUCCAGUUUAAUCAGGAAACCUUGGGCCGGACGCCACUGAUAUGUUAAUGGUUUAUCCCCUGAAGGUAAGCUGGCAUCCGGGACCUCCUCACACCAUAUUAACUUAAUUCUCAUGAGGUUGUUAUGGUGCCCAGAGUUCCGUUUAAUUGUAAUGUAAUCUCAGUGGCAUAGUUAAUUUUAUAAGUAACAAGUAAAUCAUUUUCCCCACUUUGGUACCACAUGUCACUCUAAAUGUAAGGUAGUUAUGAUAUUUGUUUCACAGGUGGCUGAAGGAGACAUGCAACACAUGGCUGAUUCGGAGUCUCAGUUUCCUGUCCCUGAGCUGGCUCCUAGAAGUCCAGAUGCUGCCAAUGACACCAUAGCUCUGGGCACUGAACAACAGAACUUGGACACCAGAAAUGUGGUGAGCACGACAGUUCCCAUUGUCAGUCUUCACCCAGAAAUUGAUGUCCAGAAGAAGGCUGAGCAGUAUAAGAAUCUCCUGGAGGCGAUCAACGAAACAAGAGAACAGAAGACAAUGGAGAAGAAAAAUUACCAUGCAUACGAAGAGUCCAGCGAUGUUCCUGGACAAAGCUCCAGCCAGGUUCAAGAAGAGGUUGGAUACAUCGCCACUGACCAUAAGUGAGCACCUUAAAUAUUAAACUGUAGUUGUUAACAAUGUCUAGAGCCAGAAAUAGAUGUAAAUGCAGUGGAGGUUAAGAGGACAAUUGACUUGUUUUGAGGCAAAACAAAUACUCAUAUGAUUUAAAAAAAAAAAAAAGACAAAACAGUUUUAUUCACAAUCAAAGAAAUUGCUUAAUUUCAGCCUAAAUAGGAGUGAAAAAUUAUAUAUUUAUCCAUAGAUUUUUCAACUUGUCAACUCACUGGUUUAUUUAACGAGCUUGUAUACCACCAUUAACAUCCUAGAGAAAACAUUUCCCCCCAGUUCUGGCAGCUCACAGUCUGAUUAAGCUGUUCCUCUGCCCCUUUAUUAUUGUAGUGUAAUAGAUGAGAUGCAUGAUUCAGGAAGAAAGGUGUCUGUAAACAUUUCUGAAUGUAAUUCUUCAAUAUUAUAUUAAUUUGCCAACCUGACCGAGGACAUUCAGUACCAUACUUGAGUCUGUGCAGCUUUAACUCUUUUUGGAGCAACAACAGUUUUUUCUUCAUCAGAAUAGACCUAACUAUGGUCUGGCCUCUGGUCCUCAAGAGGUUAAACAGGUUAUUCUGAUAGUCCUCAAGGCCAGGUUUCAGUAUCCAAGCUAGGAAAAAAACCUAUUCUCUAGACUGCUGACAUUUCAAUGUUCAUUGUACCUUUUAUUCAGAAUAAUCUUGCAGUAUGUGUGUUGGACUGCAUGUGUGUGUUAGAGAUUAGUUUUAUUAAAAACUACUAUUUGUCUGAAUGUGGGCUGAUCUGUUAAUCAUACAAAUUCCCGAACUCUGAUCCAAAAUUUACCCAAAUCAUGAACCAAACAAUUCAUACAAUGGGCGAGCAUGUUCGGUUUGAUUCAAGAUUCGUAAUUCCAUUUAUGGGGCCAAAAAUUGGCUGAUUUAUAGGGUGGAAAAAGGGGGAUUGAUGGCGAGGAGACCAUCACGAAAUGUUGAUUUUGUUCACAGAAGAAUGGCCAAGAGAAAAGACAAAUAGGGGUAAGGGGGGGAGGAGAAGCAGGAAAAAUAAAUAAAUCUAUAUCUCAAAUUAAAAGACCACUCCACACACAUAUAGCACUCCAGUAUUCUAAUUGUAAGUUUUAAAAGUGUCCAUUUCUGUGAGAAUCCAAAACUCGACCCAAAGUCAGUUAAGAAAUUACCUGCUACUGCUUCCCCCAAGACCUGAGAGCCUGCGAGGGCAUGCCCAGGGGGCUCAUAGUAUCUGUGGCUCCUGUCCCCCCUCCUGGUCCUCCCAUAGCUCUCCCCAGUUUCCCCUUCUAAGUGCAUGCGCUCAUGGCUAAGAAUCCGAGGUUUCUCAAUGAGAAGUCUCUGAUUGGUCAUUACUUUGGCACAAACUGAAAGUCAGAGGAGGAAUUGCAAAGGUUGCAGAAAAAAAGAUCUGUAGUUUUUACCAGCAGUUUUAAAUAUACCCCAAAUGAAAAAUGCAACAUAACUACACGCAUGCAAGUUUUCAUUGGGGUAUAUCUACUAAAUAGUGAUUGUUUUGUAUAUAUAUAUAUAUAUUGGGGGGGGGGUGUUUUUUAGUGUGACAUGCUCCUUUUUUAUGUGUUCCCUAAGUAUCUCCAGCUUGGCCGCCUUUGCAUUGUGAUUGGCUAGACACAGCCAGCCAAAUAACCCUGUCCGUUAUCUGGAGUUUUUAUUCUCCUGGUGACUGGACUAAAUUGCUUUGUGGAAUGCCAUCACUGUCUGCGCACACAGUUUUAACUAACAUCAUAAAUACAGACUACGCCUGAGAAGCAGAUAGUAUGUGAUGGAGACACUGCACCUUCAGAACUGUGUACCUAUUCCAACCUUUGGCAGCCUUGGCGACCCUCAGACUAGGCUUCCUGAGCAAUGUCAGUUAGUUAAUAUUCGCUUGUUUCCAAAGUUUGAUCAGAUCUUGCUUAAAUAGCAUGAACAUCUGCUUUUUAUAAUGCUAAUGAUAGAUACAUACAUUUUUUAUUUAAUGUUUGAAUACUCAUAUCGCUGUUGGGACUACAUAUAUUAUGAUAGUUUUGUUUUAAAUCAUCCUGUUGUUUUUUAGACACUUCAUAUAAGCACAUUUCCCAUUUCAUAUAAAACAGAUCACCCAGUUGUGUCUAAGGUGGUUUUAGAAAGAAAGAAAAAAACACAACAGGUUAAUCCCUAAAUCUUGGACUGGUACGGUGUACUCAAGGACUGGGUUGGCAACAGCUGAUAUAAAAGAAUAUGAGCAGAUACGUGAUUACUUUCCACUGACGUGCGAUUUGCUGGGAAUUAACAGUGAAUUGAAAGUGAAAUUCUAAUUUUAGACGACAACAGCCGAACUAGAAAUAUAGCUGGUUUCGUGAAUUUAUCCAAUUCAGCUAUUUUGCCCUUAAAUUUGAAAUUCAAAAACUUUUAGUUCCUGACAAUUCUCACUUUAAUAAAUAACCCUCAUUGGGACUUUCAAAUUUAACUCCAAAAUAGCUCAACUGGGAAAAUGCGCCAAGUCAGCUGUGCUCCAGUUGAAUUCCCAGCAGUUCUCACUUUAUUGAAUAACCGUUACAGUCUUCUUAACUGUUUUCUUUAAAGGGACACUAUAGUCACCAGAACAACUACAGCUUAUUGCAUUUGUUCUGGUGAGUAGCAUCAUUCCCUUCAGGCUUUUUGCUGUAAACACUGUCUUUUCAGAGAUAAUGCAGCGUUUAAAUUACAGUCUAGUGAUAACUCCACUGGCCACUCCUCAGAGGGCUGCUAGAGGUGCUUCCUUGGGCAGUGCUGCAGAGUGUGCAGUACUGCCAUUCAGUGUCUCCUCCCUCUGCAUGCAGACACUGAACUUUCCUGAUAGAGAUGCAUUAAUUCAAUUCAUCUCUAUGAAGAGAUGCUGAUUGGCCAGGGCUGUGUUUGGCUUGUAGUGGCUCUGCCUUCUUGACAGUAUCAGCCAAUCCUAUGUGAAAGCAUUGUGAUUGGCUCAGACCACCACUUCUGCUGAUGUCAGCAGACAGAGGAAGUUCACAGGCAGAGGCACCAGCUUCAGACUUGAAUACAAGUAAGGUUUUACUAAAUUUACGGAGGCAAGAGGGGGCCAGGAGGGCUUCAUGGUGAUUUUAACACUACAUACAUGUUUUUGUUUCUGACCCUAUAGUGCCCCUUUAAAUUAGUUGCAUGAAGAGCCCAUAUUUCUAUUUUAAUUGAACACUCCAAACAUAUAAAGCUUGUUGAAGUGCUUUAAAUAUGAAAAGUGUGUCCUCUUUCAUUUCACAGAAAUAACAAUUUUACAACAUGAUAGAAGGCUUCACAUCUGCUUUACCCUGUUUUUCCUUGUUUCUGAUUGGUUAAUGUUUAUAUGGUUUGCGGCUAUGGAGCUACGGUAAUGAAAGUAAAGCAAAUAUUCACCCCCUAUCAUUAUUAAAAUUAAGAUUAUCUAUUCACUAAAGCUAGGAAAAUUUACAAUGUCAAUAGUUGUCAAUCAGAAGACUGGUCCUCUUACUUUCUGGUAGUUCAGCCCUGCAGAGGCAGGAAGUUGCCCAAAGCACCUUCGUUGUAACGACAAUUGAAUGAUCUGUAAUUCAGUCUGUGAUUGGGCAGCCUCAGAAAGUUUGUCUUGGGGAAGAAGGGGAGGGUUUGCAGUAGCUGCAGAUACUAGAUCUGCAGCUAUUACAAGCCAAGAUUUCAAAUAUCUCCAAAGAUAAAAAGCAAAACAAACUACAUGCAUAUUUUCUUUGAGAGUAUAUCUUCUAAAUUGUUAUUUUGUUUUAAUGUAGUGUUGCUUUAAUCAUGAUUAAAUAUGGGUGUUUAAACUUAACCCCCUGCUGUUGAGUUGGUCUGUAGAGGAUUGAGAAUUCUGGAUAAUGUAGUCCUUUUCAUAGGGAGCAUAUUCUUGGAAAUAAAGUCUAAGGUUGAACACCCCCAGUGUUAAAAGAAUAUAUAGACUGUUCUCUAUUCAAUAAGGUUUUCCUAAGGGACCGAUCAUCUUUGAAGGGACAAUAACGCCUUUAUUUACUUCCUAGACAGUAUGAACAAGAUCCGCAGUAGCUGCAAUUCUUUGAGUUUGCCAAUGUACCAGACACAUAAAUAAGCCAAAUGCUGUCUGAAAUGUAGCAGUAAUUUAGUUGCUGUUCGACUAUGAUCAGGUUUUAAGAAACCAAUCUGCUUUAGAGCUGACCGUUGCAUUUGGUGUGUUGUUUAAUUUUGUUUACACAAAUAUAUUUUGUAUACCCUGUUCUCAGUAUGUAGUGGAGACCUGUCUGAGAAGUACACCUAGACUCCUGGGUGAACCACGAGUGAUGAAGGCUAUUAGUAAGCAUUCAUUGUUCUUACUCAAACAGCCUCUCAUUACUCAGCAUUAUGCACUCAGCAUCACGAACCUUGAAUGGUACACGCAAGGAAUCCCCUAAUUUUUCUUAUAUAGCAGAUCUAUGGAAAGCAUUAUUGCACCAUCCAUUUGGGUCUUGAGGGACAUUACAUCUUUCUAGAAGGGAUGUCUAAAUCUAUUAGUAAUUUGUAUCACACCCAACUCUGACUGUAAUGUCUACUCACUUUUUUUAAUUCCACUACACAAAAUGCAGACAAUGCCAUAAAAUAACUUAGAUUGAUGGAUGUCAGAUAUAUUAUAAUGUGGGUCAAUUUCUACAUAUUGAGCGAAGAUCUCAAGGUAUAUUAUAAUAAUGAUCAACGGGUAUAUUGUAAUAAUAUCUGGAACGUGGAGGAAACCUAAAUGUACAGACCCAAGUAACAACAAAUAGACUUUCUGCGUACAGGUCCUUACAGUGGGUGGAAUAACGUAAGACAGUGUCAGAGAGGAUGCCGAAGUCUAGGACAGAAGAGAUAUGGAUAAACUAGCCAAGGUCAAAGGAGCCCAGAGAUCAAGAGAAACUAAUAAACAGAAAAAAUCAGAUACCAGAAAAAGGAUAUACAAGGAAUGCAGUCUUGGGCUAUUGGAACCACAACAGGGCAACAUGGAGUGGGAGAGUUAACUCUAUAUAAUGGUAGUACUUAACUUUGUAUGAUCUGUGGGUGAUAGAAAACCGUUUUUGUGUUUUUCUGUUGUGGAACGUCAUAAUUAUGAGACAUAUUCAAUCUGGCGAAUUUGGCAGUUGGACCCAAAUUCGGUCCUGCAAAUUCGCCAUUCAGAGCGGAAUUUGAUCGCCCAUAAAAAUCCGCGGCAGGCAGGCGAGCGAGCAGCGUUACAGAGAAAGCCAAGGGGCCCGGGUAAGAGAGUAGCUAUCUUGACAAAUAAGGAUCUACAGGUAUAUUACAAGUGUGUUCCCAGGUAUAUUAUUAUAAUCUACAGGUAUAGCAUAAUAAGGAUUCACAGUUAUAUUAUAUUUUAUAAUAAGAAUCUCCAGAUAUCUUGUAGUGAGCAUCUCCAGGUAUAUUAUAGUCGAGAGCUCUGUGUAUAUUAUAAUAAGGAUCCCCAUGUAUAUUAUAUUGAGGAUCCCCAGAUACAUUGUAAUGAGGAUCUCCAAGUAUUUUAGACUGAAAAUAUCCAUGUAUAUUAUAAUGAGGAUCCCAGGUCUAUAAUAAUGAGAAUAUCUAUGUAUUUCAGAAUAAUGAUUUCAGGUAUAUUAUAAUAAGGAUCCCCAUGUUAAUUAUAAUGAGGAUCAAUCUCCAGGUAUAUUAUAAUCGAGAUCUCUGUGUAUAUUAUAAUGAGGAUACCCAGAUACAUUAUAAUGAGGAUCUCCAAGUAUUUUAUACUGAGAAUCUCCAUGUAUAUUAUAAUGAGGAUCCCCACGGAUGUUAUAUUGAGGAUCCCCACGUAUGUUAUAUUGAGGAUCCCCACGUAUAUUAUAAUGAGGAUCCCCACGUAUAUUAUAAUGAGGAUUAAUCUCCAGGUAUUUUAUAGCAAGAAUCUCUAGGUAUAUUAUACUGAUAAUCUCAAGGUAUCUUUUAAUGAGGUUCUCCAGGUAUAUUAUAAUAUUGAUCUCCAGUUCUAUAAUUAGAAUCUCUGGAUAUGUUAUAAUGAUUAUCUCAGAUACAUUAUAAUGAGGAUCUCCAAGUAUAUUAUAUUGAAGAACUCCUGAUAUAUUAUAAAUGAGGAACUCCAGAGGUUUUAUAACGAGGAGAUUCAUGUAUGUUAUGUGAAGUUCCAUUUAUCUUCUAAUGAGAAUUUUCCAUUACAUAAUGAGUUCCAUGUAUUCAACAAAGACAAGCUCCAUAUUCUAUAAUUGUAAGCUCCAAUUUUCCUCUAUUUAUAAGCUAAAUCUGCUAAAUCUUAGUAUAUUGUGCUAAUGUAUUAAAGCUUACUAUUUAAAGAACAAUAAAGAACUCCCUCUUUAUAUAUUCAAGAGAAUUAGAAAUUCUUCCAGACUAUAACAGCAUUUAUUGCAGUGAUUAUGAACCUAGACAAUUUUGACCUUUGCAAACUAUUUGUUAUGAUGAUCCAGUGCUCGGGUGUACUGAGCAUCAUGGGAAAUGUAGUUCACAACCAUCUGGGGUGCCAAUGUCAGUCAUCAGCCAACACACAGGAAAGAGUAAGAGCCACUAACUAGUAUCAUGAGAAGGGCCAGUACCCUGGGCUGACCUCCACACCUCUACCUUUUUCUUUAGGCCCCUGAGCCCGAAUAAUGGGUUUCGUCUGCUGAAAACCCUGGCACACCGUGUCCAUCUGUCCACUACCAACUUCAUCAACAUCAGGUGAGGAUCACAAGCGUCCCAAGGUAGAUAUAUAUGGAAAUCCAACAUAGAAUCACAUCACAAACUAGUGGCCAAAAUAACAGAUAAAAUCUCUACACACAAAAAAAAAACACGUAGCAAGCAUUUUAUUCUAAAUAACUAAAUGUUAACAUUUCCAGCUGUUCUUCAACGUGCCAUGUUACUCAAGAAUUGCAAGAAAUAUUUGUUUUCCAAAUUACUUAUAAAGAUGUUCCAAUAUCCGUAACUCUGUAUAGGAUGAUUUUAUACAUAGAACUAGAUUAAAAUAUCUAGAACUGGCUAUUUCCACAUAUCUAGGACUACAUACAAAUAUAUAUGGUCAUACCAAACUACCUAGAAUUUAAUCCAGAUAUACAAAUGUAUCCAGAUAUCUGUGAUGGAUUACCAACACCCAAAGUAUAGUACAGAAAUCUAGUAUUGUAUCCAGAGAUCUAGAUCAGGGUCUAUAUAGAAGAUGGUUUUAAAAUAUCUGGAACUGGAUACAAAUAUCUUCUUCUACAAACAUCCAGAUAUUGCAAACUAUACGCAGACAUCUAAGAUCUGGAACUGUAUUGGACCAGAUCCAGGUAUCUAGAAUUCUAUCUCGAUAUUUACAGCAGUGCUUAAAUACUAAGCAUGCGUUCCAAACCUCAGAUGUAGAACUGUGUACUAGUGGUCCGUGUUUGAGGUAUAGCUUACAUAAAGAGAUUGUGAUACAUUUAAUUAAAUUUCCAUUGUAUCAGGGAAAGUCCCCGUUUCUUGUUUGGUCUACAUGCUUAAUGUAUCCUCCAGUUAAUAGAAGGGACAUUCAGAAAGAAAGUGACCUCAAGGCAGAUGAAACAGGAAUUGCCAAAAGGCAUAAAGAAGGCAUGAAACAUUACUAUCAGAGAAUCAUUGGAAAUGUAGUUCAACAUCUGCAGUGCCAGCUUAGACAUCUAUACAGCUCCGAUCUAUACAGUUUGCGAAAAAAAUAAUUAAUAAUUGGUUAGUUCUAGAAAAGAUGAUAAUUUUGGUAUCCAUUCAAAAUGGCCCUGAUAAAAUAAGGAAUUCAGAUCACUGAGCUUCAUUGCGAUAAUGUGAGAAUGAUACUAUAUUUUUCAUUACAUGGCACCUAUACAGAACUGUUCGUGAUGGAGGAUUUUUUUAUGCCUCUGCUAAUGUUUAUAGAGUUAGAGGACACUUAAAGGGACAUUACAGGCACUAGAACUACUUAAUCUCAUUGAAUUGGUUAUAGUGUCUGGAGUCUCCUAGCAUUGUCCCUCCAUUCAGUGUUAAACUAUUUUCUAGUAGUUUAACACUAAACAAGAGUCCCUGGCUUCCCAAAAUCUCAUGUAAUGUUAUAAACUCAUGAUUAUGUAGACUAUAUAACAUUUUUUUUGUAGUUUGUUAACAAAGUAUAAAUUGAUAUAGUCAGCAUUUACACAGAAAACACAUUUUAGUUGGUAAUGUCACUUUAAAUAACACAUGUUCAAAUACAUAUUUACUAAAUCACAAAAAUGAUAGGGUACAGUUCAUAGACAGUCUUGUCACAAGCCCUUGUAACCCUGCCAGUUUCUGUGUGGGCACUGCCAGUUAGGCUGGGAGCAGCUAUGUGCGCAUGCAUGGUGACAUGGUAUUUGGGAUAUUGGCUGGGAUGAACGAUCUUUGGGAAGUAUCCUCUCAAUCUUGCCAUCUAAAGUAAGGUUCAUUGAUUAAACCAAAAAGUGUGGAGCAUUACCUAAGGAAUUUCACACAAAUAGCGAAGCUAUAAUAAUCAGGCUAUAAUAAUCAGAUAGAUUGUGCUAAACCAAAGGCAGUUUUCAUGACAACACUGUGAUAUUGCUACCAUGUGGGUAGGUAUGAAAUAAGUUAGGACCCCCCUACAAGUCAUUACCGCUGUUUAAAGUGUUUUAUUUUGUAUAACCUGCCUGACAGAUCUGUCACUAUUAAAGUAAAACUUUCAAGUCUGAAAUCCUAUUAUUUUUAGCUUCUAAACCACUUCUCUUUAAAAUUAACCUCUUAGGUUACCCGUCAGGCCGUAAGCAAAUUCCAAAAACAUUAAUAAAAACCAUCUUAUCGUAUUGCUUAGAUGUUCGUACAUAUUACCUUCAUCACCCACUUGCUUAUCUUAUUAUUAUGUAUAUUCUGAGGGAGACUGGAAAAAUAUUGGCAGUAAUACUCUGUACAGCGAUUUCUUUUCAAACGCAGAUAUUUUAGUCCUUAUUUUGCAAGUCAGUUGCCAGUUUACCAAAAAUCAGUCACCCUGUGGAAAUCCUGAAGUUCGUAAACCCAUUCUCAACAUGGAUAUGUUAACCCUUUAUGGAUUAAUGUCAACAUUUAGGUUAAAAUACUACAUUGUACUGAAAGUUUUUUGGUCAAAAUAAUCAUAUAAACGUUUGAUUAUAAUGAAGUGUCUGUAAUUUGACAUCACUCUGUGUAUCUUUCCCACAGAAAAGGCCUUGCAAGUUUAAAGAAGAAUACAGGCUAUCAUAGUUAGGCCAUGUUAUAAAAUGGCACCUUGCAUAGGUGGUCGCGCAUGUUUCAAAUUAGUAGAAUGGUCAGAAUCCAGAUCCUAUGUUUUGUGCAGGGUAUAAUGUUGGGGCCACUGUACUAAGUCAAAUGUUUUCUAUGGAAAGCUUAGAAUAUGAAGGAAAAAAUUGAUAUUUUGAAUGUACAUGAUGAUGAGAAAAUACAAUAUUACAGACUGCUAGUUUAAUGACCAUUUCAUAAUUGUGCUGGCUUUAAUUUAUAGGAAAAAUAUAGAAAUUAGAAUGUACAGAAAAAAAUGGCUAAUGUGUUAGAACAGGGGUACUAAAUUAUGUUAAAUUAAAAGUUUAACAGUCACUUCUGGAAAAAGAAAAUUCUGGUAAUUUCUUUUCUUUGUAUUAAUUCAAUGUCUGAUCUGAAAUGUUACUUCAACGCUUAUUGAGUCCUGACUUACCAUCCAUGGAUCAUUUCAGAUUUAAGAAAUAAAGAUAUCACACGGCAUCCAAUGUUAUACAUCAUAUGCAUAGAAUUCCUUUUUCUAAUUAUAUGGAGAGCUUGUGUUGUGCUGAACGAGGCCCGAUUUCUUCCAUUUGUAAAUGAGGCUUUGGAAAAAAUAUGAGUCCAGUUCUUUAAAUCUUAGUACCCACUGAUGAUAUUUUGCAUGCUUCCAUAGUUUUUAAUGUCAUGGCCAUACUGAAAGGUGAACAAGUGGAUUGAAAAUGUCUUCAGAUAUCCACAGUUUAAAAUACCCCAACUAUUGCUAUUUUUGCCUAAAUGUUGCAAUCCAGUCCGGUCCCAGUUUAUACACCUGUUUGCAAUGAAUGUUAUUGUAAGCAAUAACUCUAGUGGUGUCUGCUAUACAAUUAAGGUGGCUACUUAUUGCCGUAAACUCAGUGAGCAAACACCAAGGUGUUUAGUUACUAAAUGCCAAAUUUGCUAAAUUGAAACUAUCAUAUUUUAGACAAAAUUUUAUUUUUUAUCCAAAUUAGCUAAUUUGACUGCAAUUUGAUGUUUAGUGAAUAUUUAGUGAAUAAGCCCCUAAGGUUUUUUAUAUUUACAUAUUGAUGGUCAAAACAAUUUCUUCAAACUUCUCAGUUGAAGUUUAGAAUAUGCUGGAAAAGUAAUGCUUUUACAUAUGCCCUGCAAUUCUGAAUUAUAUUAAUGUCCCUGAUUAAAUGGAGAUGAGAUCACUUUUGGCGUUUGUUUGCUGUUUGUUUUCUAUUCCGUGGAUAUAAAAUUGUAAGUCAGUCUUGGGUUUUUUCCCCCUGCAUAGUGUUGUUGGACCUGCCCUCACCUUCCAAAUUAAACAGAACCACCAAAAUCUAUCGCUGUCGGAUGUCACACAUCGCGCAGGUAUGUAGCUAAUUACUUAACAUUAGGGCUUUGCAAAAAGUGACCCUUACACACCGGAAUUAGACAUAAAUAAAAUUAUCAUUAUGACAGGAGCCUAGCAGUAUAUUUGCCAGGCAGCUUAUAUAUGGAGUUACCAAAUCCUCUGUUUUGAUUGGCAUUGUAUGAAAAGAGCUGUCCUGUUGUAUAUACAUUGCAUAGGAUGCAGCAAGGAAAUCUCUGCAGUAAACAAGGAGGAAUGCCAAAGAACUAUACUGGAUGGCACUUUUCAUACGCUGUCCAUCUGUAUGAACAUGCUAUGUGUCCAAGACCUGGGUCACUACUGGUCUUUUAAAAAAAAAAAAUUAAAACAGGGAUUUAGGACAAGUGAUAGUUAAAUUAAUAGCCACAGACGUAGAACCUUGUGCCUGUAGGUCGGGAUUUGUCACUUAGCCGUAAUUUGUGGUGGAUUCACCCAUGAAUUUCUCAUUUUUGGAAAAUAGAAACAUCCAGCAGUUUUGGUUUAAAAAUUGUAAAUUCCCUUAUCAAUUCUCAAUGAUUCCCAGAUUUGUAAAUAAUCCUGAAUGUGUGGAAUCUUUCGAUUGCGUGCCCAGUACCUUGGUCAGUAAUAUGCAGGAUCUAUGAAUGUAGGGCAGGAGUAGGCAACCUUCGGCACUCCAGAUGUUGUGGACAACGACUGCCCUAUGGCUAUAAGAGCAUUAUGGGAGAUGUAGUCCACAACAUUUAGAAAGUUCCAAAGGUUGCCUAUGCCUGGAUUAGGACCUUAGGUCACUGUUUGAUGAACCUUUCAAUUUAGAAAAUUGGGCAGACUAGAUGGGCCGAAUGGUUCUUAUCUGCCGUCACAUUCUAUGUUUCUAUGUGUAGAUCCUGGGUCUCUUUUUGCAGAGACAGGGUUUCUGGUGGCUGGAUCAUCUGGGACUGUUGUAUGGUGCCUAUCACUGGCCAAACAUACACCAAUCAGAGGUCAUCUAGAUGAGGCUGCUUUUUCAGCAGUCGAACAUUUAGUUAACCACUUGUUUUUAGUGACUCACUGACCUAGAACUUUCUCUGAGACCUUGUUAUUACCUGGAUAAAUAGAUUAUACAGAAGGAUUGAUAGAUCUCCAUGCCUUUUAUAUGCAAAAACAGUCUACUGUCCAUUUUGAUACAUUCAAUGUGUUCUAGAAUAAUGUUUGUCAGUUUCCAUCCAUGUGUGACUACAGAGACCACAUGCUUCCUUUACACACAAUGCAUGUCAAAUAUACUCCUUUUAUGUGAAAAAGACACCAGGAUCCCAUACAAGAGACUACACUCACAAAUAGCACAUAUCAGAUAUGUUAUUUUUAUGGUCCCCAGAGGUGACAUUUUGACAGAUCACCAAAAAUCCCACAGGAGAAAUUACUGAAUGGAUAAACAUUGUCAAGGAAGUAUUUUAACUUUUCUGAGAGCAUAGUGCUUAAACCAUUCUUCUCUAAAUGUCUCUCUUUUUGCUUUCAGAAGCCUUGCAGUCAGAUUUGGAAUCCGAGACGGGCAUGAAGAUUGUUCAGACGGGAGUUGGAAAGGUGAGAUUUAUUAUACAGAAUAGGAUUGAAAUACAUUCUCCUUUAAAGCUUAGAACUGCCCACCUGCAUGAGAAUUAACCAAACUCUGAAGAAACCAAUGAAUGGGACUAUUAAAAUUAAUUUCCAUCAAAUGUUGUAAAAACAGGUCUCCAUGUGAAGUCAGCAAACUUUAGGGUUAGUAAAUAGGCGCAAGGUAUCAUGGGAUUUGUGGUAUCACAUUUACUAAUUGUUGGGUAUCUGUGUCCCGGCUAAAUAUGGUUUUACAGUCACUUUAUACUGCUAAGUAUCCAACUAGGAUUGUUGAGGUGUUGUAUUCACUUGGUUUAUUUAUUGUUAUUUUAACAUUGCACUUUUAGCAUUAAGGUAAUGCUAAUAGUGAAAUGGUAGAGUAUAUCACUCCUUCAUUCCUCCCCUCUUCCUGAUUGUAGGAAUGAUAUGACCCAUUAAAAUAUCAUGUACUGUUUGAAAGCAGGGGGUGAACUUAUAUUUUUAGCAAAUGUAUAAUAUCUUUAGCAACAUUAUAUGGGUAACUUGUAGCAUCUGACAGUGAAAUGUGUCCCUCUGCAGGCUGGUAAUCAUAACUAGAGUAUGAAAAAGAGAAAAGAGUGAGUGAGGCUCCAUGAACUAAAUUCUGCAAAAUACAUGAAAAUAAAACAUACAUAUAGAUAUAUAUAUAUAUAUAUAUAUAUAUACACUCAAUUUUAGGUAGUGAAGUGGUUCAUUUGUUUAACUAGGAAAUUGAUGGUGAGCAUUUUUGAACCAGUGUCACAUUUUCUUCAGAAAUCAAGUAACAGAACAAAACGUUUUUAUACCAGUUACAUCACAGUUAACGUUAUCCGUUCUCUGUUUCACUGCUCACUCUGUGAAAGUUCAAACAUUUCUGUUUAUUUUCCUUCUUUUCUUGCUGCGUAAUAUCUUUUUUUUCUUUCUCUCAUACCAUUAUACCCUUUCUUAUAAAAGUUCCCCUGUUCUAUUUGCGCACAUUCCACCCUCUUUUCAUUUUAGCACACCUUCCCUUUCCGAUGCAAACUGUCUUUACCAUUCAUACAAGACACAAUUUAA